UUCCUGCCUGUCUACCGAAGCCGAGUACGGAAGUGGAAAGUGGAAACGCAACGCCACUCUGCGGGCUGGGCUCAGGGUUCCGCCUGUGGACAGCUCGCCGGUUCGUUUCUUCUGCUCACACAGCCUGCUAGACGUCAUCUUACCCUUUCUACACACCAGAAACUCGGGGAAAGAUGGCUGGACGGCUACCGGCGUGUGUUGUGGACUGCGGGACAGGUUACACCAAACUGGGGUAUGCAGGGAACACAGAGCCACAAUUCAUCAUUCCAUCAUGUAUUGCCAUCAAAGAGUCAGCUAAGGUUGGAGACCAAGCUCAGCGGAGAAUGAUGAAGGGGGUGGACGACUUGGAUUUCUACAUCGGGGAUGAAGCUGUAGACAAGCCCACAUAUUCCACAAAGUGGCCAAUUCGUCAUGGCAUUGUAGAAGACUGGGACCUCAUGGAGCGCUUCAUGGAACAAAUCAUCUUCAAGUACCUGAGGGCUGAACCUGAAGACCACUACUUCCUCUUGACAGAGCCUCCUCUGAACACACCAGAAAACCGAGAAUACACAGCAGAGAUCAUGUUUGAAUCCUUCAACGUACCAGGACUCUACAUUGCCGUGCAGGCCGUGCUUGCUCUCGCAGCAUCCUGGACGUCCAGGCAAGUAGGCGAGAGGACCUUGACCGGCACUGUGAUUGACAGUGGUGACGGUGUAACCCAUGUCAUCCCUGUGGCUGAAGGUUAUGUUAUUGGCAGCUGUAUAAAGCACAUUCCCAUCGCAGGACGAGACAUUACUUAUUUCACCCAGCAGCUUCUAAGAGAGAGGGAGGUGGGCAUCCCACCAGAGCAGUCACUGGAGACAGCCAAGGCAGUAAAGGAACGGUUCAGCUACGUGUGCCCAGAUCUUGUGAAAGAGUUCAACAAGUAUGACACAGACGGCUCCAAGUGGAUUAAGCAAUACACCGGCAUCAACGCCAUCAGUAAGAAAGAGUUCACUAUUGAUGUGGGAUAUGAGCGGUUUCUGGGACCUGAGAUCUUCUUUCACCCUGAGUUUGCCAACCCAGACUUCACCCAACCUAUCUCUGAGGUUGUUGACGAAGUCAUCCAGAACUGCCCUAUUGAUGUCAGGCGUCCUCUCUACAAGAACAUUGUUCUGUCUGGAGGCUCCACCAUGUUCAGGGACUUUGGUCGCCGUCUGCAGAGAGAUUUAAAGAGGACUGUUGAUGCCAGAUUGAAGAUGAGUGAAGAACUGAGUGGGGGCAAACUGAAGCCCAAACCAAUUGAUGUCCAAGUUAUCACUCAUCAUAUGCAGAGAUAUGCUGUCUGGUUUGGAGGCUCGAUGUUAGCGUCAACCCCCGAGUUCUACCAGGUUUGCCACACCAAAAAGGACUAUGAAGAGAUUGGGCCGAGCAUCUGUCGCCACAAUCCUGUGUUUGGAGUCAUGUCUUAACUACAUCGAACAGCAGUGCGGCGGGUGACAAGGGAAGGUUGCAAGGACACAUUGGAGAGGUGGAAGGAGGUGGUGCUCUUGAGACAGCCAAGGAGACACCUGACUGUUUUUUUUUUUCCCCCUUUCUGCCUUUUGUUUCUUUUCAAAGCCAGGCGAAUGGUUUUCCAAAACCGUUUGCUGCUCAUUCUUUGCUUGUUUGUUUCUUCUACGCAACAUUCAGUGAAUGCUGAGAGCGGUGACGUGAACGGUUCAGAAUAUCUGGGUUUGGUGGAGGCCUUGAAUAAUAAAUACAAAAUAAAUGUUGCAACUUCAAGGUGAAAGUUUCGAACCCGGCUUUGCCUGCAGCUCUCUUCUCUGGCUUCAAAUACACAACGCAUACCAUAUGUAGAGCUUGUUUAUAUGACAUGCCUUUUUAAAUUGUAAGCCCAGGACGACAUCAAGGGUUAAAGAAAAUAAAAAUUGACUGUUUCAUCUGAACGGCGCAGCCUUGAUGCACAGUAUUUACCAAACUUUAAUCAGUAGUCUCCCAAUUAUUACCAGUGUCAGUGUGGUCUGUCCUCUAAUUCUCAAGUGUUGAAUCAUCUGCUUUCACUUCAGACAGUGGCAGGUUUCCACCUCUGUGAUGCAGGGAAAGAAAAAUCAUUCUAGGCUAUAAUGAUGCAAUUGAAUUCAAAUGACUCUCAGACAAGUAUUGUUUGAUGUUUUUUUUUUUAAUUAUACACCAAAUUAUUGAAAGAAUGGGAUUUGUGUAUUUAAUGCCUUGUUACAUUCCAAUAAAGGCGAGAAUUGGUUUCUUAAAACU